UGUUCACUUCUCUCCUCUUCUCUUUUAAAUUCCGUAGGCCCCACGUGAGCUUCGUUCGGAUCAGCUAACAAUUUGCUUACUCGCGAAGAAUGAUUGCUGACGACGACGACGAAGAUCCAAGUCUGAAAUCCUUCUUUUUUAGCUCCUCGUUUUGCUCUUUUCUUAAUUUCCACCCAAGAUUCUUGGUGGGUGAUAUUCUCUGCUGAUUUUCAUUUUCAUGGGAAAGUUAUUAUCUUGAGCAAAGUUCUGGGGUCUCUGAAUCUUGUGUGGAAGAUGGUUUCUCGCGGAGUCUGUUCUUGGACUUUGGUUGGUCUUAUUGGGGCGUUUCUUGAUCUUGCUCUUGCUUAUUUCCUGCUGUGUAUAUCGGCGUUUGUAUAUCCUGCUUCAACAUUCUCGAGUACUUUCGGGAUCCAUCUUCUUUGUCCAUGUGAGGGUGUAUUAGGGUUUCGAAGUAGUAGCAUCUGCUGGCACAAGCUGCUUGUUGAAAUACCCAUAAGGAAGAUCUACUCUGUUCAGAGCUUGGUGAGGAGUAGAUUCCCUUUUGGCUCUGUUGUUUCUGAGGACGAGUCACGUAAUUCAGACUUGAAGUUAGUCAGAGACAAGAAAGUUGAGAAUGGCGUUACUGAAUUGAGCGGCGAAAAGCUUUGUAGUUCUUUAUCGGGGGUGGUUUCGCAGAAUUUGAAUGACGGAGAGAUUGCGCAUGAUGUUAAAGGAAAGGGUGUUGUUGUGGGUCAGAAGCAAAGGUCUGGCCUUGGAAUUCGGAGAAGAAGAAGCAGAGCUGUUAUUGGAUCCGGGAAAUUCAGGCCUAACAAUUUGAAGUCAGCGGUUGGUGAUGUUUGCCCCUACCUUCCUGGUAAUGGAGAAAUGAGAAGCCAAAUCGCAGAAAGUUUGGCUCUUGUGAGCAGGAUUAAUGGUCGGAUACUGGAUGACAAAAAACCCAUCGAUGUUGCUGAGGGUGAAAGAACGUGGCAUAGCUAUGAGCUGACUGGAUCCUUCGAUGGGAGCAAAGCUGCGAAUUUGGAUUCAUCUUCUAUUGACAAUUACAUCACUGAUGUACCAGACACGCAAGGAAUUUAUAGAACCGAAUCAAGUAGGAUCAGAAUGCUAGAACAAGCACUUGCUGAAGAGAAAGCCGCUCGUGCUGCACUUUACCUGGAAUUGGAGAAAGAGAGAGCUGCUUCUGCCACUGCUGCUGAUGAAGCUAUGGCCAUGAUAUUUCGCCUGCAAGAAGAGAAAGCAUCAAUAGAAAUGGAAGUUAGGCAGAAUGAGAGGAUGAUGGAAGAGAAGUUUACCUAUGACGAAGAGGAAAUGAACAUUCUCAAAGAGAUCCUAAUUAGGAGGGAGAGGGAGAAUUUUUUCUUGGAGAAUGAAGUUGAAGCAUUAAGACAAAUUUCUCCUGGAGAUAAAAACAGGGAUGAUCAUGUGCAAGACAGCAAGGAUAGCCAAGGGAAAAGCCGUCCUGUGCUUCACCCAGGCGAGUGUGUACAGUCUAUUUUACCAGAGAUCAACAAUGGUGGAGUUAUUCAUGAUUACAUAAUGGAGCCAACCCAGUAUUGUACGAGUAUGAAGAGAUGUUUCUCUUGUGAUGGAGAUGGGGUGGAGGAGUAUAGGGAAAAUGGAGAUAAAGAAUGUGGCAACCUUCGAGAAACUGUGCAUGACACGCAACAGAUAGUUCAUGAUGUUCAUGUGGUUGAUGAUAAAACAGAACAACCGAAAAAUGGCUCAAAUGAGGAAGAAAUGGGGCAGAAUGGUCAUAUCAGCGAUACUAAUAUCGACGGCAUAGUAGAAUUGUUGGUUAACUCAUGGAGUAGACCAAUGAUACAUGAUUCUGAAAGGGGUUCCUUGUCGGCAGUUAAUUAUGAAAGAUUAAAGCUUGACAUUGAAGUUGAAUUGCUCAGAGAGAUGUUACGAAUUGUUCAAGAGGGAAAGGAUAAGUUGAGAGUAUCUGGAAAAAACAGGGAAGGAGAGACAAACCAGUUGGAAUUGUUAGACGAUAUACAACAUCAGCUUCAGGAAAUUCAACGGCUAAGGGGGCCCAUGCGGCAUGCUUCCUUACCCAAUGUAUCAUCUGAGGCCAAACUUACAGGACAUUUCUGACCCUGUUGUCCUUUCCUGUGGUGAAGGUGAAAGUUGAAGAGAAGUAGCUGCCGAGUGCGAAUUGCGAAACGCAAGAGAGCGCGUAAUGACUGCAAAAGAAAUCGCCGAAAAGGGUAAAAAGCUGGGGGCUUCUGCUUUGGGUUCAUGUUUGAUAAACUUGGUGGUCAGGAACUUGUAUCUAUGGUCGCUCAUGAAGUCCGGUGGUGAUGUGUAUAGGCUUGCUGGGGGAGCUGUCGGGUGUGUCCGUUACCCCUCUUGCAGUGUAUAUACGCCUGUACAGUUCUCAGGCAAGUCGAGCUAUUCCGUGGGUAGUCGCACUUACUAAUACUAAGUUUUCUUUCUCUUC